AUGAGAGGAAACCCUCAUGUCCGAUUUUCAAAGGGGGAGAUCCAUCUUAUUGGAUCCUAUCCAAAUUUUUCUUUUGCUAGGCCCGUAGUUAAAAAACCAACUUUCUUACGAUUACGAGGUUCAUUCGACUAUGAAAUCCAAUCCUGGAGAUACAGUCUCCCACUCUUUUUUGCUACUCAAGGUUUGGAUACAUUUCGAAAUAGAGAAAUUUCUAGUGGAGCGGGUGCUAUACGAGAACAAUUAGUUGAUCUGGAUUUAAGAAUGAUUAUGGAUUCUUCGUUGCUAGAAUGGACAGAAUUAGGAGAAGAGGGGUCCACUGACAAUGAAAAUGAAUGGGAAGAUCAAAAAGUUGGAAGAAGAAAGAAUUUUUUGGUUCGACGCAUGGAAUUAGCUAAGCAUUUUAUCCGAACAAAUAUAGAACCAGAAUGGCUGGUAUUAUGUCUCUUACCAGUGCUUCCUCCCGAAUUGAGACCAAUUAUUCAAAUAGAUGGCGGUAAACUAAUGAGUUCGGAUAUUAAUGAACUCUAUAGAAGAGUUAUCUAUCGGAACAAUACUCUUAUUGAUCUAUUAACAACAAGUAGAUCUACACCAGAGGAAUUAGUAAUGUGUCAAGAAAAAUUGGUACAAGAAGCCGUGGAUACACUUCUUGAUAAUGGAAUCCGCGGACAACCAAUGAGGGACGGUAAUAAUAAAGUUUACAAAUCGUUUUCCGAUAUAAUUGAGGGCAAAGAGGGAAGAUUUCGAGAGACUCUUCUUGGAAAACGAGUUGAUUAUUCGGGGCGUUCUGUUAUUGUCGUAGGUCCAUCACUUUCAUUACAUCGAUGUGGAUUGCCCCGCGAAAUAGCAAUAGAGCUAUUUCAGACGUUUCUAAUUCGUGGUUUAAUUCAAAACCAUUUUGCUUCGAACAUAGGAGUUGCUAAGAGGAAAAUCCGGGAAAAAGAACCCAUUGUAUGGGAAAUACUUCAAGAAGUUAUGCGGGGGCAUCCAGUAUUGCUGAAUAGAGCGCCUACUUUGCAUAGAUUGGGCAUACAGGCAUUUCAACCCAUUUUAGUCGAAGGACGUGCUAUUUGUUUACAUCCAUUGGUGUGUAAGGGAUUCAAUGCAGACUUUGAUGGGGAUCAAAUGGCUGUUCAUGUGCCUUUAUCUUUGGAGGCUCAAGCAGAAGCUCGUUUACUUAUGUUUUCUCAUACGAAUCUCUUGUCUCCGGCUAUUGGGGAUCCCAUUUGUGUACCAACUCAAGAUAUGCUUAUUGGACUUUACGUAUUAACUAGCGGAAAUCGUCGAGGUAUUUGUGCAAACAGACAGAAAAGAAUAAAUUUCGAUAGUCCUUUUUGGCUCCGGUGGCGAAUAGAUCAAUGCAUUAUGUCUUCAAGAGAAGUUCCUAUCGAAGUUCACUAUGAAUCUUUUGGUACCUAUUAUGAGAUUUAUGGGGAUUAUUUAGUAAUAAGAAGUAUAAAAAAAGAAAUUCGUUGUAUAUACAUUCGAACCACUAUUGGUCAUAUUUCUUUUUAUCGAGAAAUCGAAGAAGCUAUACAAGGUUUUUCUCGAGCCGAUUCAUAUGGUAUCUAA